AUGGUCGCCGCUCGCUGCGGCUACACCAGCGAGACCAGGCACAAGAUGGUGUCGUGCAUGGAGACCGAGAUCCUCGCCGCGCUCGACUACAACCUCGGCGGCCCGACGGCGUACACGUUCGUGGAGCACUUCACAAGGUACUACGGCAAGGGGAAAGAAGAGAAGCUGAUGAGGGAGGCGGCGCAUUGGUUCGCCGACGGGUCGUUGCUGACGUACGGGUUCCACCGCUACCUGCCGUCCAUGGUGGCGGCGUCAGCGAUCUUCCUGGCGAGGCUGCACGUGCGGGGGCAUGAGCCAUGGAGAAAGGAUCUCGCGGAGCUCACGGGCUUUUGGUACUCUGAUGUCUCUACAUAUGGCCCAACCGCGGACACGUUCGUGGAGCACUUCACCCGGUACAAGUGUACAACAGCCGGGGAGAGGAAAAGCUACGGGUGCAUGCAGCGGCUGGAGCGCGACGUUGCCGACCAGUCGCUAAUGAACUACGUACGGCUGCCCGGGGCUACUAUACCUGCCGUCCAUGGAGGCGGCGGCCGGCGGGCGUCGAUCUCCGUCGCGAGGUGUUCGCUGAACCGGCACGACGCGCUGGUCUGGAGCACGGAGUUGCAGGAGCUGACGGGGUACAGCUUCGAGGACCUCGUCAGCUGCAUCUUCGCCAUGUAG